CCCACCAGCGCCAUCAGCAUUUGCACAUAUUUCUUCAUUAGUUUCCUCAAUCCCACACGUACAUAUCCAACAUUGCAUAUCAUGCCUCGCCUCGGAACCGGAGACUUGCGUCGGAUUUUCGAGAACCUCGACAAGAACGGCGAUGGCCAGGUGAGCCUCGAGGAGCUCAAUUGGCUGCUCGAGAAAAUCAGUGUCCAUCACAGCGUGGACGAGCUCGAAUUGUUUAUAGGGAAACCAAGCCUCGACUUUGACGAGUUCUUGCACUUUUAUGUGUCUAUAUCGUGGGAAGGAACCACGGGAAAUGGCGGAUCAGAAUCACCGGAGGGCAACGAAGGAGACGACGAUCAAGAGACCGACCUUGCCGAGGCGUUCAAAGUGUUUGAUCUGAACAACGACGGCUUCAUUUCCUGCGACGAGCUCCAGAGCGUGCUCUCGAAACUAGGGUUGUGGAACGAGGGAAGCGGGAGAGACUGCAAUAGUAUGAUUCGCGCGUAUGAUACUGAUAGCGAUGGGAGGCUCGAUUUUGAGGAAUUCAAGAGCAUGAUGCUGAUUACAUUUGCUUGAUGAUAUCUUCAAGAAGAAUAUGAGAUACGUCCUGAGUCAGAUUUGCUUUCAUUCA